AUGGACUUACUUCAGGUUCGCCGCACAGUGCUGGAAGCAAACAGCGUCCUGUCUUCUUCCAGGGACAGCACCCAGAUCUGUGAGACUUUGCAGACCGUUAAGAGGUACCUCGGUGGAACGGAAAGUCCGCCCUCUGGGAAAGAGAAGGAAGAAUUUAUCCACAGCCAUUUCACUACCUUUCUGCAAUGCCUCAUCAGUAACCUGAGUCCUGAAUGGCUGGAGCUUUUCCAGUCGGAUGAGGAAAAGGAAUUGUGGGAUAGCUUUUUCCUGGAAGGACCGGCAGAACAAUCCUUUAUGGUUUUAUUGGACUCUAUCGUUUCUACAGGGUCCGGCUUCCGCCUGCAUAAAGUUGCUGAUGUCCUGGAGCGAUUAUUGCAGAGAGGUGGGCUGUCGUCUCUGAUGUGGGAGGUGUGCAAGCAGCAAUCUCAAGCUGGCUCCCUGGUGCUGCAGGACGCGCUCCUCAACAAGGUCGUGUGCCUGCCUGACCAUCUGGCCAACAAGCUCCAGGGAGAAAACCGCCCUGUCUUCUUUCCCCAAAACUACUUCCCGUGGCUCGGGGCGGAAAUGGUCCGGGUGCUCGAGAGGAUCUCUGAAUCGCUGCGAGGGGGUCUAGACUGCUCCAUCUCCUUCAUGUCUCAGGUGUUGGGGAAGGUCUGCGUGCACGGGAGGCAGAAAGAACUCUUGAGCGUCUUGGUGCCCCACUUGACAGAUCGAAUGCAGUCUGACUGCAUCUGGCAGCGGAUGUGCUGGCGGCUGAUAGAGAGCGUGCCGGACCGCUGGAUGGAAGCAGUGAUCUGUGGCUUUGUCCAGGCAGCGCCAGGGCCUGCCGCGUUGUCCCGACUGCUGGGGAAUUUGGUCCUCAAGAGCAAGAAGGCUCAGUUUGUGAUGACCCAGAAGCUGCUGCUGCUUCAGUACGGCCAUCCGACGGCGGUAUUGCAGAGCCUCCUUGGGUACCUAGCCCUGGACAGCCUGCGGCGCCCCUUGCUGACCAAGGUUUUGAAAGAGCUGCUGGAGACCUGGGGAAGCAGCAGUGCUGUGAAGCACUCUCCCUUGGAGCAGCAGCUGUACAUAAGCAAGGCCAUCCUGAUCUGCCUCUCGCACACGAAAGACGCAGAAAUAGAGAACAGCAGGCAAGAGCUGCUCACAAGGGUGAUGGAGGGGAUGAAGUGCCACCUGGACAGCAACUUGCCACGGGUCCGCCAUCUGGGAAUGGUGGUGGCAGAGAGCGUCUGUGCCAGGAUCACGCCGGAAGGGCCUGCCUUGAAAUUUCAGUACGAAGAAGACGAGGAGAUCAGAGAACUCAAGUCCUUGCUGACCCAGAGACUGGAACAGGCCCUUGUCCGUGAUCCACCAGGCGUUGCGAACAACAGAGCACCUGGGACAUCGAGUGCUGCUCCGAAACCCAGCACGAAGCCAUUCCCAGCUCCUUCAAUAGGGCUGGGCAAGGGGGUCGACUCUGACCUGGACAGCGACGAUGAACUUGUCCCGUACGACAUGUCUGAAGAUAAAGAGCUGAGGAAGAUCAAGGCUCCUGUCUACAUCCGAGACUGCAUUGAAAUUUUGACAGGGCCUGAAGAUGCAGACAAGUACGAAGCCGCCGUGGGCAUCCUGGAGACAUUGAUCCGAAGAAACGCAGCCGCUGCGCGAGAGGUGAGCGUGGAACUGACCACGGUCCUGCUGCACCUGGAAGAGAAGGGUUACAUCGAAGGCUUUGCCGGGCUCCGGCAAAAUGCACUGGUGGCUCUCGCCGUCAUGGAUCCGAUCCCGGUGUCUCGCUUCUUGACUGCCGAGUUCUACUCCCUGAACUACAGCCUCCGCCAGCGCAUGGACAUGUUGGACGUCCUGGCCACAGCAGCUCAGGAACUCUCUCAGCCCGUCACCCCUAAACCAGAGCAGCGGCUCCUGAGACCCAAGCAGCCCGGCAUCCAGAUCCUGGCUAGCGACAGUCCUCCUCCAGACUGGCGGCGAGUUGUAGAAGAAAGGAUCAAAAGCAAGACUCGACGGUUUGCAAAGGGCCCGUCUCGAGCAGAGCUGCCGUGCGCCCCCAACCAGUUUGGCCCAGUCGCUGGCCACUUCUUCUUCCCGCUUCUCCGGAACUUUGACAGGUCUCUGACCACCUUCGACCUUCUGGGCGACGAUCACAUGGUGCUCGGCCGGCUGGCGCACACGUUGGCCAUCUUGAUGUACUUUGCCGUCAACGCUGCGGUAGCGACUGCGAUGGGAAAGGCAUUGCUCGAAUUUGUCUGGACCCUUCGCUUUCACACAGACGCCUACGUGCGCCAGGGCCUGCUGUCUUCCGUCUCUUCUACGCUUCUCAGCGUCCCUGCCGAACGCCUUCUGGAAGACGUGGCGGAUGAACUUUUGGAGACCCAAGCCUGGCUGGCAGAUGUGGCCGAGCAGGACCCAGAUGGCGACUGCAGGAGUCUGGCCCUCCAGGGCCUGCUCCUGAUGGAGAAUCUGAAAAAAAAACUGGAAACGGAUCCUUUCGAGUGAAGAGGGCCUGGCGA